CGUGCGGUAAGGCGAUGCCACUAUAAUUGAUGCAUCAUAAACAUCAGUUGGUAAGGCCAUCUUCCAGACAACAGCGCGGUAAAUGACAUGAAAGCAACAUUACAGCACGGUGCACGUCACUAAGGGGGACAGCACAUAGCCUGCAGCCAAGUGGACAGCAAUGGCACCGAUAAGACCAAACACGAAACGCAUCGAAUUUGCGGAAGUGAGCGGGCGGGUGGGGCCUCGACAGUAAUGUGACCACAGACGCCGUUAGGAUUGCGUGAAACGAAGCGUUAUGUAUGACCCUACAAAGACCCGUGGAGAUUUUUAAGGCCGGACGCGAAAUGAGACGAGGACGUGCGCAAUGUUGAAGGAGCGACUGAAAUAGAGUUUAAAUGCACUAAUUGUCUGGCGCUGAGUGAGAGGGCUAACUAACACCAAGUGGAUUACCAUCAUCACACAAACGAGAUCUCAUGACUGGAGCAAUGUGAAACGCUGAUAUCGCUCAUUCCUUCAGUAUAUUGAGGAAUAAUAAUGAACAACGCGCAAGAUAUGUCUCCCGAUUUUGUCUUGAUGCGCCUGGUCUCCGCGGCCGAGGAUGACCGCUUGGACGAGGAGAAUGGGAAUCUGUCAUCGGGCACUGGACUGACGGUGGCUAUCAAGGGGAACUUUGAAUGCACGCAGAAUCACGGCCACAUCUCGGCGGUGAACAAAGCUCCGCAGGCCAGCGGAACGGAGGCACCUGACGCGGGAGUGAUGGCGACUAGACCUGCGCUGUCUGUGCCGCCGCCUCCUCUUCAUUCAGCCGAGGCCCACGGGUACGAUCUCACCCACCGAGGUGGAAUGGGGCCUCAGCUGUUGGUAUUCAGAAACAUAUCGAGAGACUCUGAAGGAUUUGCCGAGAACAAGUCGGAGGAUCAGCGAAGGGCUUUUGAGGAGCAAGCGGUACUCGCUUCGGAGUCUGGCGCUGUGGACGCUCAGCAUCCGCCUACAUGGACGCUGCAUCCACAGCUCAAACUGCCAGCGGUUGCUACGGAUACGGAGGGAGCCGAACUGUGUCACCGGCAUCGCUUGAUCACAGACAAACAAGACUGGCCGCCGGUGGUGGAUCACAAAACGGGCUCGAUGACAGAGCCGGGCUGGAGCUGCACGACGGCUCUGCCUGAGGGUCCUGUCCUGGAGCUGGCGAGGAAAUUCGGCGAGCUGGGAGUCGCUCCGGUACCCGAAUUUCUACUGAAGGACGGCGAGCUGCAGCACUGCUCGUGUCAAAGCAUGCUCGGCUCGGCUGGAAUCAGGCAGGGAGAUGACCCGACCGAGACCAGCGAUGCUCUGCUGGUUCUGGAGGGCCUCGGGUCAGAAGAAGUGAACGGCCUGGGCAUCAAUGCCUGUCAGAAGACCGAUUCCCAAAACAAUGAGCCGGGUGCGUUUGCGCUCAAAUGUUUCCCGUCGGUGCUGUCCGGACAAGCUAUGGCAGUGUCCGGGGGACUUUGCUCACCGGCGUGUUGUUUGUUGCGAGACUCUGUAAACACCAGGCCUCAGGCUCCCACCACAGAUAAACUGACUCCCGAGGUUCUAUCGCAAGCCGCAUCCAACCAGGACACCCCGUGCUCCAGCCAGGCGUCCACACCGAAGGCCCGGUCGGACAGGAGCACGACCCGGGCGCAUCUUUCCGCGGCCAGCGGAGGAGAGAAGACUUUGAAAGUACCAGGGAAAUCCAGGAAGGGCUCUCUUAAAAUACGCCUGAGUAAACUUUUUAGAACUAAAAGCUGUAGUGGCUCUAACAACCUUUUGGACAAGAGACCUUCAGUCACGUUCUCCAUAUCAUCAGCGGGCAGUUUAGUGGACAUGUCCGGAGCGAGCGGUGGGGAACAAGACACAGCCAGCCAACCUGGACUAACAAGGGCACAAAGUGCCUUCUCUGCGGCCUCUUUUACUCCCGUUUUCACAGGAGAGACGGUGUCGUUGGUGGAUGUGGACAUCUCUCAGAGAGGGAGGAACUCCCCUCACCCUCCCACUCCUCCACCUCCCCCUCGGCGGAGCCUCAGUCUGCUAGACGAUAUAGGUGGGCCGCAGCCUGGGCCUUUCCUAGUGAGUGUAAUGGGGGCGUCCCUGCAGUCUCUCCCUCUGCCUCUUCCUCCUCCUCCCCCUCUCCACGCCACCAUCCAGCAUAGUCUCAGCCUCAAUGAUGCUUUCUUCCGAGCACUUCCUCAUUCGGCCGCGUCACCGAUGGACACGGCGGCCCCUGCCAGAGUGGCCCCGGCUCCGAUCAUGUGUCCAUUGAGAGGAGCCGAUUCCAGCAGCUUCACUGCCAGCCUGAGAGAGCUGGAGCGGUGUGGCUGGUAUUGGGGGCCGAUGAACUGGGAGGAUGCUGAAAUGAAGCUAAGAGGGAAGCCAGAUGGCUCGUUUUUGGUGCGGGACAGUUCAGACCCACGAUACAUCCUCAGCCUCAGUUUUCGCUCACAGGGAGUCACACACCACACGCGUAUGGAGCACUACAGAGGAACCUUCAGUUUAUGGUGCCACCCUAAAUUUGAGGACCGCUGCCAUUCUGUGGUUGAAUUCAUUGAGCGAGCCAUCAUGCACUCUAAAAAUGGAAAAUUCCUCUACUUCCUACGUUCCCGUGUACCUGGGUUGCCCCCGACCCCCGUGCAGCUGCUCUACCCAGUCUCACGCUUCAGCAAUGUGAAAUCACUCCAGCAUCUGUGCCGUUUCUGUAUCCGACAACUCGUCCGCAUAGACCACAUCCAGGAGCUGCCCCUCCCCAAACCUCUCAUUGUCUACUUGAGGAAGUUCUAUUACUAUGAUCCAGAGGAAGAAAUGUACCUGUCAAUCAAAGGCAUGCGCCAGGCAGCAGGUGUGGAACAGGAAGCCGAGUCUGAAACAUAGCCAGAACGCUCCUUUUCACUGAUUUCUGUGUGUGGGUAAUAGAUGGAACAGCACAUGGACACUUCCUGGUGCACAGCUCUGCUCCAACUCCCUGCCAGUCUUCCAGCAGAAGCCAAUGAACAUCAGCCGACUGGCCCCUCCUCUUGACCAAUACGCGGACAGAGGGAGUACAGAGGAGUGCUGGAAUACUGUCUAUGUUGAGCAGGCAAAUAAAUCCAGAGACUGACAUGAUAGACAAAAGACUUGAAAGGACACUGGACAGCAAACAGUGGACUUAAAAAAAUAAUAAGUUAAACAAAAAACCGAACAAGGACAUUUGACUUGGGGUACUAGCAAAAGCCUUCAUCUGUAGGUUAUAUUACACUGGAGUUUUUAAACUGGCCUGUUUGUGAAUCCGUCUCUGUUUGGUUCUUCUUGCUUUCCUCAUCAGGCCCCUGCCCCUGGGUGGAGUGUGUGACCCCUUUAUUUGUCCUUUCCCUGAUUGUAACUCCUUCAGUCUGGUCAGGCCACCUGAACUGUAUUUUGAGUAAAGACAAAGUAAACUUGAAAAUAAG